UUAUGGAUGACUUCAUCAAACUGUAAAGUAUUAAAAGGCACAGUCAGUAUUUUAUCACGUGAAGUCAAUUAAGGAUAGAGGGGCUACUCGAACAAGCUUAUUUAGCCAAUCAAAUGCCUAGAUGUCACAAUCUGGACUCUGUAAAUAGCAAAGUCUCAUAAUCAAUCUUGAGAGUCGGGUGCCAAGAAGAAAAGCUCUUUCAGGAUAUCGAGAACUGGGCCUCUGAAGACAGUAAGAAAAAUGUUCUUCAUAUUUUAUCAGCCAGGCAGAAAACCCAGAGAAGAAAGUUUCACGAAGACUGAAUAUGGAUGGAAAAAUGCAAGUCUUUGCUACAACCUAGAGAAAUGCAGGAGGGGAAGUGAGACAGAAGAGAAGGAAGCAAUGUAACCACGGAGGCAGAAACAGGAGUGAUGCGGCCACAAGCCAAGGAAUACCUAGUCACCAGAAGCUGGAAGACGUAAAGGAUGGAGUCCCUCCUAGAGCCUUUGGAAGGAAUGGAGCCCUGCUGACACACGAUGUCAAGCUUCCGGUCUCCAGAACUGUGAGACAAUACAUUUCUAUGUUGUUUUUUCUUUUUAAUGUCUUUAUUUUUUAAAACUUUUGGUUGUGCUGGGUCUUCAUUGCUGUGCGCGGGUUUCCUCCAGUUGCGGGGCUCCUCUGUCGUGGCGCGUGAGCUUCUCACUGGGCGGCUUCUCCCGUCCCGGAGCACGGGCUCCAGGUGCACAGGCGGCAGUAGCUGUAGCACUUGGGCUCAGCAGUUGCGGCACAUGGGUUUAGUUGCUCCGCUGCAUGUGGAAUCUUCCUGGACCAGGGAUCGAACCUAUGUUCCCUGCACUGGCAGGGGAAGUCUUAUCCACUGGACCACCAGGGAAGUCCUCUACUGUUAUAAGCAGACAUGUCCGUGUUAAUUUAUUAUGGUAGUCUCAGGAAACCAAUACAAUGACUUUCUAAGGUUGAAAUAAGUAUGUCAACUGCUUGGGUACUUUUUCAGAGUUCACAAAUUCUUCAUUUUUCCAAACCAAAACAUGGAAGAACUGAGAAGUAAGUUAUUAAGGCUCAGUAACCCUGAGGUCAUAUUAUGCAAGGGGCAUGUUGCGGCCAUACUACAACAUGUUCCACUGGUUUAUGGGGCACUGUUUGAGGCUUCUAGGAAAACAUGGGAGAAACAGUCCAGAGGGUUAAGGAUGGUCUGGUUUGACUCUGGACUAGCUCCAUUUAGAAGGUCUGGUCCCAAGAAGGUCUGCUCCCAAGCCCAGAAUGACACCACAAUGCAGCCCUCUGACAUAAGCUUUUAAGUCUGCUUGCCACAUAAUCAGUAUCCUAACGUCUCCUAGCAGUGGUCCAAGGUAAUAACAUUAUCCUCAAUGUAAAAUUGCCUAUUUAUAGUCACUGUCUCUACCACCAGCACCAGCAGAACCUGAGCUGAGAGGAAACCACAGUUCUCACUCCCUAGAGCAGCCCUUUCCAACCAUCUGUUAAAAACAUGGUGGAUUACUACCAAGUUCUAGGAUUGCAGAGACAUGCUUCACCUGAGGAUAUUAAAAAGGCUUAUCGAAAAGUGGCACUUAAAUGGCACCUGGAUAAAAAUCCAGAAAACAAAGAAGAAGCCGAGAGAAAAUUCAAAGAAGUAGCUGAGGCAUAUGAGGUAUUAUCACAUGAUGAAAAACGGGACAUUUACGAUAAAUAUGGCAAAGAGGGAUUAAAUGGUGAAGGUGGAAGUGAUUUCGAUGAUUCUUCUGAAUAUGGCUUCACAUUCCGUAAGCCAGAUGAUGUCUUUAAAGAAAUUUUUGGUGAAAGGGACCCAUUUUCAUUUCAUUUCUUUGAAGACUCACUUGAAGACCUUUUAAAUAAUUCAAGGAGCUCCUAUGGAAGCAGAAACAGAGGUGCAAGAUCCUUUUUCUCUACAUCCAGUGAAUAUCCAGUUUUUGAGAGAUUUUCUUCAUAUGACACAGGAUAUACACCAUUUGGUUCACUGGGCCACGAGGGACUUUAUUCAUUUUCUUCCCUGGCAUUUGAUGAUAGUGGGAUGGACAACUACGUUACUGUUACAACUUCAGAUAAGACUGUUAAUGGCAGAAAUACCAAUACAAAAAGAAUUAUUGAGGAUGACCUAGAAAGAGAUGAAGACAAUGAUGAGUUGAAGUCCUUUCUUUCAAAUGGUGUGGCAGAUGAAGAGGGCUUUGCUGAAGAAUGCAGUUGGAGAAGACAAUCAUUCAACAAUUAUUCACAAAAGUCCUGCAGCCCCAAACAUGCAGUGAUGAGCAGGGUAUAACCUGGGUCACCAACAACUGGAAUCCCUCUAUUUUCUCAGCAGGAUUCAAAGAAGAUGGUAAGAGAAAAAAAAAGAAGCAUAAAGAAGUACAGAAGAAGUAGUCAACUAAGAGGAAUCGUUAAAUUGAUUCUUCAGACACAUUGUGUUCAUACAACAUUUGAACACAACUCUCUGUGUGUUUCUGUUAAUCAGUUUUGUAGAUGAUAUUGGUUUAAUACUACACUAAGA